CACCCGUGGCUGAGAAGGAGGCCCGAGAGCGACAUGUCCCCGGCGGCUGAAGCACAGCGGCCCGUGGCGCUGUCGUUCUGAGUCCGGGGCGGCCUGGCGGCCGGCUGAGGACGAGGAUCGGCGGAGGCUGCCCCCGCUGUGGUGGCCACCAUGCUGGGGGCCUGGGCGGUUGAGGGAGCCGCCGUGGCGCUCCUGCGACUGCUGCUGUUGCUGCUGCUGCCGGCGCUCCGGGGGCCGGGGCUCGGCGUGGUCGGCUCGGCGGGGGCCGGGCUGCCGGAGAGCGUCAUUUGGGCGGUCAACGCGGGCGGCGAGGCUCAUGUGGACGUGCACGGGAUCCACUUCCGCAAGGACCCUUUGGAAGGCCGGGUGGGCCGAGCCUCCGACUAUGGUAUGAAACUGCCAAUCCUGCGUUCCAACCCUGAGGACCAGAUCCUGUAUCAAACAGAGCGGUACAAUGAGGAGACUUUUGGCUACGAAGUGCCCAUCAAGGAGGAGGGGGACUACGUGCUGGUGUUGAAAUUUGCUGAGGUCUACUUUGCACAGUCCCAGCAGAAGGUAUUUGAUGUGCGAUUGAAUGGCCACGUCGUGGUGAAGGACUUGGAUAUCUUUGAUCGUGUUGGGCACAGCACAGCUCAUGAUGAAAUCAUCCCUAUGAGCAUCAGAAAGGGGAAGCUGAGUGUCCAAGGGGAGGUGUCCACCUUCACAGGGAAACUCUAUAUCGAGUUUGUUAAGGGGUACUAUGACAAUCCCAAAGUUUGUGCACUCUACAUCAUGGCUGGGACAGUGGAUGAUGUACCAAAGCUGCAGCCUCAUCCAGGCCUGGAGAAGAAAGAGGAGGAAGAAGAAGAAGAAGAAUACGAUGAAGGGUCUAAUCUCAAAAGACAGACCAACAAGAACCGGGUGCAGUCGGGCCCACGCACGCCCAACCCCUAUGCCUCGGACAACAGCAGCCUCAUGUUUCCCAUCCUGGUGGCCUUCGGAGUCUUCAUUCCAACCCUCUUCUGCCUCUGCCGGUUGUGAGAACACAUACCAUCCUGAACUGGGUGGAGGGUGUGGGAAGGAAACCAAACAUGUUGGUUUUGGUUUCUGUAUUUUUCACAAUGAUUAACAAACAAACAAAAAACAAAAACCACACACAAAAAAUUAAAGGAGAAAAAAAGAGGCAGAGUGGGUAGAGAGCAGCCCCCAUUCCCCACUGGUCCCAGCCCUGCUUUAUUCCCUGUGCUCUCUUUGUGGCUGGCCCCAGCCAUCUCUUUCCUCUCCAGGGUACUUAGGGUAAAGCGGAUCCUACACAGUCACGGAUCCUCAUCUGCACAUCUAGUGGAAAGGACUCUGAACCCAGAGCAGACAUGGUUCCUUUUUUUAGGUUUGAAAUUAACAGCAGGGAAAUGUCAUCUUAUUACCUGAGAAGACCAGUGCUGGGAGUUGGGUAUGUUCUGAAGUUAUGUCCAGAUAAGUUUUCAGAUGUCCUCGGAUUGAAAGUGUGUGUGUGUGCUUUGUGUAUAUGUGAAGGUGUAUAAUUUGUAUGAUAAAGAUGAAAACAGAAGGGGGAUUAAAAAAAAGAAAAGAAAAGUAGAUACUUCCUUACUUGGAAGCCUUUCUGGUUUCAGCCUAAUGAUGGUUCCACCUUAAGUGUUUGCGCUUUGUCAUUGCUUGUCUCCCUGACAUGUGCCAGUUAGAGGACUGUCUGGUAUCCAAGACGAUUAGUUUAUUUCAGGUCCUCAAGUUGCCUCUGACUUGUUACCACAACAAAUCAUUUUGAUUUCAGUGCCUGUUGGGGACUUGAUUUCCUCUCAUUUUCCCCCCCCUUAAUCUGGCUCAUUUGAAAUCUCUUCUCUCUGUCUCUCUGUCUCUCUCUCUCUUUCUCUCUUUCAAUCAUCCCACUAAAUUAUUGCCAAGAAGGGAAGGAGACAUGGGGAUUUGGGGUUCCCUUUGCUUGAAUGUCUUAUCCUCUACCACCUCACCUUGUUGGUACCUCCCUCCCUGGAUCUCUGAGCCAGCAGCCAGGAGGACCUGACCCAGCAGUUCUUUUACUGGCCCCUUUGUAGGGUCUUGCUGCCAGGGGACAGGGAUGCUUUCCAGCCUGCAGCAACAGAACACUUGACCUUAAAAGUCUCUUCUGGUCUUUGGAUUGGAAAAGGCUUAUGUUAGCAUAAUUUAAGAGCCACCUCAAGAGACUUGAGCCCUACUAAGUGACUGACCACUGUUUAGAGUAUCUAUCUAGUAUCUGAUGUUCAUUUAGUCCCAUAUCCUUCUGUGGCACAAGCCAACCAGUUUUGGUUUAUGCCCAGAGUUGCCCCCGCAGAACUAGACUGAUUGUAUCUGGCCCAGUGGCUCCUCUCACUGAUUUUAACAGUAUGCCCCUCUGUCCUUUCAUCUCCGUAUCCAAGUUACAGUUGGGUUCUUGGCAUGACGGGGCUGAAAGAUUUCCAGUCAGCCAUAGUCCUGGCAGCUCUGAAGCCAACCUUAGCAUCUAAGCAUCUGUCUUAAAUUCCCUGGAAAAACUUCUGCAGGAAAUGAAGCUUACCCCUUCCCUUCCUUUCUGGUCACUGUUAUCCUUUUCCCAGUUAAAGCAGCAAUGAGGGAGGACCUAACCAAACUACAAGGAAUUUUGUGGAUGGAAGACAGCAGGAUUAGCUUCUGCUUGGGCUGGAGCAGCACAGAAUCUCAGACAAGGCCCAUCUUUUCAGAAUGUGUUUAAUUUUGUCCCCCCCCCCCCCAAUGUUUUUAAAGAGCUUCCAUAUAUUUGAACUGUUCAUUUUGUGACAAAGUAAGUAGCUUUGGGCUCAUGUCCUGGGUUUUGACUCUUAAUGAGUUACUCUGGGCCAACGUUGAGUCCUUUGAGAGUUGGAGCCCUUUAUUUUAGCUGUGACUUAGGCCUCAGUAGUAGGGUAUUGAGUCGGGCAUCUGGAUGGCUCUGGCCUGAGGCUGCAAUAAGAGGACCGCUUCCUGGAGUGCUUCACAAAGCUCCCUGCUUUAAAGGAUGACAUCCCUUAGCCUUGGUCCUGGGGACCCCCUGCCUGGGGCAGCCAAUAUCCUGACUAUUAAUCGAGCUUCUGACAGUGGCUUUGGUUCCUCUUCCAUCACAACUCCCCACAGCUGUCAGCCACUGCCAGUGGAGUAGACAAGAUGAGGAAGGAGGACUUGCUGCCUCCAUUUUGCCUUGUUUGUUAGUUUGCCUGGGUCUCUGAGGAAGGGGAGGGUCCCGCCUCCUUACCUCAACCCAUCCUUUCAGUGACUCAGAGUCUCAGAAGGAAACCCUGGCUCCUGGGGCCAUUUCCUAAUGGUACUGUAAGCCAAGCAGCUUUGCUUCCAAGCUUACCCCUGUUUCCAAGCCCACUCCUUUCCCCUGAGUUCAGGGAUAAGGGAUGGGCAUUUUCCUCUGCUUGUGUCCGAAAGGAAGGAACAUCUUUCUAUGGCUCACAAAAACUAAAGGAGAAGUGAGGAAACAGGAAGAAGUAUGGUGGGGGCUGGGGUAGAGUCCCCUGGAGCCAAGCCCACCCAGCUAACAGAGCUGCCCAGGGCUGGUUAUAGCUGGCCCGUGAUGCUGAACUUGAAAGCUUUUUUUUUUGUUUUGUUUUUUGUUUUUUGGCUCCUCCAAGAUGAUAUAGGUACAUGAAGUUUAGGUUAAAGGGGUAGGGUGGGGCACUCUUUAUUUGUAUUUUUGUAUUGUGUGUGUCACGGAUUACUCUGUUCAUCGUUUGCUUUUUGCACUGUUUGUUCCCCUGCCUAAAUUUUGAGCUCAUGCUAGGCCCAGGCGGCUGUGCUGUAGGGAGUCUGUCUGGGGUUGGGGAAGUGAUGAGGGAGGCCACUUAGGCCUGGGGAAAGGGAGAUCUGGCUCUUCUACUGGAUCCAUGCUCUCCUAGGCUUUUCGAUUUCCCUGACCCCAAAGCCAAGAGCAUAUGGUCAAGAUGAAACUCCUUUUGCCAGGAGUGUGGCUUUGGUUCAGUUUUUGGGUGGACCACACAAAGAUGUCUACUCUCAGCCCAGAGAGUCUGCAGCGUCGUAGCUCUGAUUUGGGUCAGAGGUCGGCUGGCUGUUUUGGGUUUUACUCAUCUGACUAAAACAUUGUGGGUCCCACAGGAAACAAUCUGUGGGAUCCAUGUCCCCUAAACCAGAUCCCAUUUUUCUGUAAAGUCUCCGCUAUGGAGGAGAAGCUGCUCAGUGAAUAUCUUGAAUUUUGGUGACUUGAAAGAUGGUUAUCUUCAAGUGUCAGCGGUGUUAGACUCCCAGGGGGGCCACAGGGCCUGCAGGGCUACUGGCUGGUUUGAGAGUGUGACCUUGUUCUCUUUUUUUCCACAGUUUGCCUAAGAGAUACUGGCCUGAAAUUGGGGGAUCACAUUAGGGGUCAAUUAGGCUUUGAAGAGAUGAGGUGAAAUUUAAGUUUACCUCCCCUUUCUGUGCCUGGAAACUUUAAUCCAGUUUCAGAAUUGUGUUUUGACUUCUUUAUCUUUUUGGAGAAGCUUCUGUUUUAAGGAAUUUCUCUUCCUUCUUAUCCUGCCUCUACUUUCUCCUGAGAAGGCCUGGCCAUGGCUUCUAGAAUCUCAGUUGAACUUCAGAAAACAGCAGCAGUAUUUUCCCUUUCCUAGCAAGUAUACUCCUUUCUCUAGAAAUUGGCUCACCUUGGGAAGCCCAGGGAGAGUCCAUAGGUUCUCUACCCUCCCUGGAGAUUGGGGCAGGACCCACCCCGGUCAGCACAGUGCCUUUUCCUCUCCUGCUCUGAGCCAGGGUGGGCAUUCCCUCUAGAUUCAGGUCUGGGCGGGGUCUUACAGUCCUUGCCAUGGGGCUGAUUCCCCAUCCCUUUCUCCCUUUCCUCUUUGCUGGCCGGCUCUGACCUAAUUCAAGUGUCUUCUUGCCUCAAGGAGCCUUAAUGGCAUCAAGUGGCAACAUGUAAUAUUGUCCUCCAUGCCUCUCUAAAGGACCUAGGAGAACAGGUGAGCUUUCCAAAGUGAGAGAUUAACAGAUGCUCCUGUUCAAAAAAAAAAAAAAAAAGGGAAGGAGGAGGAGAUGCUUUGGGCCUCCUUCUGCUGUGGGGAAGGCUAA